UGCUGUAAACACGUGAAUGUAUUUCAAUAAACGCCGAUGUUUGGUUUAAAAACAUUAGCAAUUUGAGAUUGUUAGAAACCUAAACGAUAGAUUUAUUUUUAUAAAUCUACUGCUUUUUAUUUGGGCAAAGGUUAUAGGUAGCAUAAGUUUGAAACGAGAGAAUGUCUGUGCAAGGUGCAACGGAAGAAGAAAACGUACAAAAAGGCAAUCAUAAAGAUAGUUCCACAGUUUUGCUUGGUGGAAAACACGACAUAGUUCGAAGGGGCAGGUACGAAAAAGAAAGUAUUAUACUAAGAACACACAGUGGAAACAGACUUUAUCUUUUCUUUCUCGGUAAUUCAAAGAAGGAUAUAUCUGAAUACAGCAGUGUAGAAAUCUUAGGAGUAGCGUUUAAGCACGUGUUUUGGGUAGUGUUAUGUUCAAUUCCAGUUGUCAUGUUAAUGAGUACCAUAGCAUUUGCAUACUCAAAAAUUUCAUUUACAAAUAAUUGCAAAGAAAAUACAACAUGUUCGUAUUACAAAUCAGCAGUCUUGUUGUAUGGAACUAACGUGUCAUGUGCGUUUAUUGACUCAUUAAAAGCAGUACUUGUGGCAUCUUGUAUUGUACGAGACAUGGUGGUACUGAGAAAGAAUAUGUUAAAGGUUAUGAUACCAGUAUUUUUAUUGGUGCUCCUUCUAUACAGCGUAUUAUAUUACUACUCUAUAUCAAUUUGGUAUUAUUAUAUUGAUGUUGGAAUCACAGAAGCAUUAUUUUUUACAACCUUUACUUUAUCUUUUUAUCAUAUCUCUAAAUAUUACGAUAUGAGUUUCCUGAACAUUGCGAAAAGAUUUAUUUUUCCAAUAUUAUCUGGUGUGUUAGGAAUCGGAUUUACAGAAAUAUAUUUAAGUAAGAAAUUUGCAGAAGCAUCAAGAUAUGAGAGAUAUGUCAUUCGUUUGGUGAUAUAUCCUUUGCUGGUUGAUUUGAUUUUAAAUUUCCAAGAGUACGGAGCACGUCAAUUUUUAAAAACAGAACAUUUUACAGUUCAUGGGUUAUCACACUUCGUUUAUGUAGCGCAAGUAGCAUUUGGUAUACUUGGAAGGUAUAUGACAACGACUUCUGGAAGUUUGACCAACGUUGCUAUUGUUUCUGGUCUUAUUGCUGUCAAAGACAUUAUCAUGCAUCGUGCGUGUCGAUUCCAGUGUUGGCUCGGAUAUUACCUGAGAAGACUGUUUAAAUUGAAAGAUAUAAAUGAUGAUCAUGGCACAUUUGAAGAUUGGUUUUAUAAUGAAGAUUAUAGAAAUUUUAGAUCUUGUAUAUUAAACAAUGACUUUGUUCAUGAAUUAAUCACUGCAUUUACUGUGCCGAUGCUUGUGGUAUCAUUCAGACAACAUAGAGCAUUGUUUAAUUUUGAUUACGACUACCUUACGGACGAUGCUGGAAAUAUUAACAUGGAUUUUUUUUUCAAGCAAGAAGCAAUACAACUUUUAUUCCUGCUUUUUUCAUUUAUCGCCAUAACAUAUAUCGAAGCAAGAUUUAACAGAUUGGAUUUAAGAAUAUUGUAUCGAGAACGUGAUUGGUUGCAAGAAAUUUCGCAAUUUGUAAUAUAUAUAUGGGGGAUUUACCUGUGUUUGUCAUCCGUUCGUUUGCUACCAAAUUACUUUCAAUGCACCAACAAUUAUAUAUGUCAUUGUAAUGUUGAUAUUGAUAAAAAGACUCGUGGUUGUAUUGGAUGAAUAGUUGACAAUUUCUUUUGAUGACAUUUAACUUGAGUCUUUAGAAAGCUGACAUUAUGUAUUCGCUGCUUUUUUAUUGAUUCAAAUUUUGUAACAUUCCA